AAUAUGUUACUACUUAUUCAAGCGAGAAGCUCUUCCUCUCUCGAGUCUCGCCCCUUUAUUAAAUUUACCCAUGACUCGUAGACUUAAUAAAUUAGGUAGAUAUAUUCGCGGACUUUAUGCAAGCGAGAGGCACUACCUUACAGCUGGACGCGUUCGCACGGUGGCUGAGACCUCGCACCGCAGCAUCCGUAAGAAAAGGAAUACUCUUCUUAUUAUCUAAGCCGUUGAUACCGUACAUGUAGUCCUACGGUUUAGAACGCCGAGUUGAGUUUCUUCCCUUACGCUAAAGGAGGGAGGGUAUGAUCUUUUUUAGGGCAGCCAGGGUACCUCCAUAACAAGAUAUGCUUAUAACAUUUCAGAUUGGUCUCUUCCUUAGCUUCGUAGAUCAUUCCCUCUCGACGUCGAUCAUCUGGCUUCCUCUAGGACCAAUGGCCCCCACGUCCAAGCGGAAGCCAAGAAUGGCUAACGGUUUUUUCCUAUCUUAUGGAUGCUAUGCGGGAAGAUGCAGAAAGACGUUUUGUGAAAGGCAGUUUUUUUUCCCUCUAUGUUUUCAUGACACUCGUUCCAUUGGAAACUCCGGCUAUGAAAUUUUACUGGGCGUCAAGCACCGAAUCAGUGCUUCGAUCAACUGCGCAAUAAGUGCUGACGGCGCAGCUAAAGUUGAUAGCGCGCGUUGGGCAUAAGUGGUAGGCCAGUAGGCCCAUUGGGCACAGUGAUAGACAAUGCAUCGACGGUAAGAAAUCGGCCCCGAUUGAGACCGCCUCUUUUAUUCAACAGUUUGGGUACUACGAGAUGGUACCAAGCCCCUCGAUGAAGACUGGGGAAGUAUGUAGCGAUGCCUACAUCAAAUGGGACUGGGGGAUACGAACUGGCCGCCUUUAAAAUCAUUCAGGAUUGGCCUUCCCACCUUUGGAGUUCCUCGCAGAUUAGAAGGGUUUAGCCAUAGGUCUCAAAGCCGACGACCUCAGCAACACCACUAGGAGGCCUCCAUAAACUCAAACUAUUACAACCCAAAUAGACGAUUGCGACUACAUCCCACGAUCUAGAAAGGGGUCGAUAAGGCUGUAUGUGACUAAAUAUCAUCGUAGGUGAGAUGCCGGUAGUUCCAGGGCCUGCAUAUAAGCGAAGAUCGCUGCAGCAUCCGAUAUCGAGACAACAUAACCUGUGAUUGGCUCAUCGGCAAGGAAAUAGCUGUAGGGCCAUGUUUACC